AUGUCGACUAGCACAACGACAACGGCAGCAUCCGCUCCCGAACCAUGGCAGGCCAUUGCACAGCGUAAACAGGCACAACGAGCAUCACUGAUUCCCGAGGCAUGGCGAAUCCCUGAAGCCAAAAUCCGCGAGUACACGGCAUCUCCAACGGCAAAUGUGCUACAUGUGCCGAGUGACUGUGGUAUCCUCAGCAGUCUGGACCGUCAGAUUACCGAAUCGUACGAUGCUAUCGACUUGUUGGCUUUGUUGGCCAAGGGUCCUGAUGCAGGUGGAUUUACCUCUGUUGAAGUCGUCACUGCAUUUUGCAAAAGGGCUGCUAUUGCUCAGCAGGUGACCAACUGCGUGACUGAAAUCCUAUUUGAAUCAGCAAUUGCACGGGCUGAGGAACUCGACCGCCAACGAGCCGCCAACCCCAGCGCAGCUCUCCCUCCCUUGUGGGGUCUCCCCAUCUCACUAAAGGACUGCUUCAAGGUUCCCGGAGUUGACGCAUCGAUCGCAAUGAUCCACUUCGCGGAGAAGCCGUCAACAGAGUACUCAGCGUUGCCUAAGCUAUUACUGUCUCUCGGGGCAGUAUUCCACUGCAAGACCAACGUUCCACAGACGAUGAUGACAGCCGACUCGGACAGCAAUGUCUUUGGACGGACGAUGAACCCAAACAACCGAGCCUUGACAGCAGGUGGCAGUUCCGGUGGCGAAGGCGCCUUGGUCGCCAUGCGAGGUAGUGUCUUAGGUGUGGGAUCCGACAUUGCAGGCAGUAUUCGCAUCCCGAGUCAUUGUAACGGCACUUAUGGCUUCAAACCAUCUGCCAACAUUGUCCCCUAUGCAGGACAAGCUAACCCCGCCGCUGACGGUUUGGCGGGUAUUCUCCCCGUUGCAGGUCCCUUGGCUACCAGUUUCAGAUCUUGUCGCUAUUUCAUGCAGCUCGUCAUGUCGAGCCAACCAUGGAAAUACGAUAUGGAUUGUUUGCACAUUCCAUGGCUUGGUUUGAAACCCCCAGCGGGUCGUAACCUGAGGAUCGGCGUUAUCAAUGACGAUGGUCUCUUUACUCCAACUCCUCCUCAGAAGAGAACUUUCGAAGAAGCAAAGGCGAAAUUGAAAGCCGCUGGUGUUGAGCUUGUCGACAUCCAAUUGCCGAAUCUGAUGGAGGAUAUAGCUGUAGCUUGGGCUUGUUUCGGCAUGGAGGCAUCUCGGACCGCGCUAGGCUAUAUCGCCGCCGCCGGCGAACCGAAGAUCAAAUCCGUGGAAAACAUCGGUCUCACAGGCGGCACAGGAAUGACCAUCGAAGAGCUAUUCGCCUGGAACGUCGCACGCUCCAAAGUCGAAGCCAAACACCGCGAUCUAUGGGUUUCCAGCAACGUCGACGCAUACAUCAAUCUGCUGGUUCCACACACCGCGCCACGUAUCGAUACAUGGACCACGGUGGUUCAAGCACUCUGGAAUCUCAUCGAUUAUCCAUCGUGUAUUAUCCCGACAGGGAAAGUUAGUGACAAGGAUGUGGUUGAUCCGAACGGGGCCAAGUUUGGAGAUGCGGAUCGUGCGCUUUAUGAACAAUAUACGGGACCAGAGGAUUUUAAGGGUGCGCCGACGUCGAUUCAGGUUAUUGGUCUGAGGCAGGAAGAUGAGAAUUUGUCGAUUGUGGCCGAGAUGAUUGAUAAGAUUUUGAAUCCUUGA